CAUGUUGGUGGACGAUGAAAAGGUAUAUGUAAUUGAAGAGUUAGACGAUUGGGUUAGUAAAGCGAAGGGUUAUAAUAAAGAUCAAAAAUAUAAAGUAAAAGACCCACAUAAUACACGUGAUG